CCUCUCCCCACCCCCACCACACCACUCUCUCCCCAACUCAAAAAUUCAAAGCUUUUCCCACUACCAACAUUCUCAACUUUCUCUCUCUAGAAAACACCAUGCAACCUUCAUACAAGCGAUUCAAGCCCUCCGACUCCCAGCCAGCCCACUCGGCCCCUCCUCCGUUUCAGCCUUUGCCGCCGCUUCCCCGCCUCACCCAAGAUCAAGAAUACACGGUAAUCGUCUCUGCGCUUCAAAACGUCGUCGCUGGAACCGCCACAGCCGCCUCCGUGGACUUGAAUUCGCUCCUCCCCCCACUACAACGCGCUUCCACUUUCUCUCCCCGCUAUACUACAAGUACUAGCUGCUCCAGCAACACUCUCUUGGUGCCGUCCGAUUUGGACACCUGCCACGAGUGCAAAAUCAAGGGGUGUCUCGGGUGUACUUUGUUCCCGCCAGCAGCCCAGGAGGAAAAGGGAAGUAGUAAUAACAAAAAAGGGCCGAAGAAGAGGGUGAAGAAGAACUACAGGGGAGUGAGGCAGCGGCCUUGGGGUAAAUGGGCUGCCGAGAUUCGAGACCCGAGACGGGCGACUAGGGUCUGGCUAGGCACUUUCACUUCGGCUGAGGAGGCGGCCCGGGCUUACGAUAAAGCUGCAAUCGAGUUUCGGGGGCCAAGAGCGAAGCUCAAUUUUCCGUUUCCGGACACAACAUUGGUGACCCAAGAAAGUAAUUCAUCACAACCACAACAGCAACAAGUAGUUACAGAGCAAAGGAAUAAAAAUGUCGAAUUUCCAGGGGAAGUUGAAACGACGGGGAUUAUGAAGGAAAAUGAGUUACUGGAAGAGGACUUCCAACAGUGGAUGAUGAUGCUGGAUGCUACUGAUAAUUCUUCGGAUUCAGGAAAUGUUCAUAUAUAGCAUUUGAGUAUAAUAAUAAAAAUUGUUUCUUUGAUUGUUUUAUUAGAAACAAUUGUAGCUUGUAUGUGACUAAAACAAGUUCAUUUGUUCUUUUAAUUA